AUGGCGCAAUCACCCGUCAAUGUGUAUCAUUCCCUUCCCAGGGACUUGAGCAACCAAAAGAUCGUCGCAUCAUCGGUCCGCCCAGUCACGACCGCCGACCUCCGCUCCCUCCUGAGAAAAGAAGGCCCUGUGCGUCCCAUCAGGGACAGACCUGCCAAACUAGAGCUUCGGAAGCCCGACUAUUACACCGGCUCCCCUUGGAAGCUAGCGAAAGACGAUGCCAUCUUGUUUUUCAAGAACAUUCUUUACCUGCCGGGUAUCGUCUUCCCUCUCUGGUCUCGGCCUCCCCAGCGCUCCUUCGACAUCGAUAGCCGCGCCGGCGAUCAAUCAGGCUUCAUAAUCGCCCGUCUUAGGCGUCAAUUUGAGGUCUACGCCCAGCAAUACUUCCAUUCCGGCCCCCUCGACGAGCUUUACCCGUCCUUUGCCAACUUCUAUGACGUCACGUUUCACUUCAUCCUCAUUAUUGCCCAGUCGGCUUUCCUCCUGUCUAUUCCCUUCCUCUCUUUCUUCUCCUUCAACUUGGUUGUCGCCUACAUCAUUGGCUUCACGGUUCUAAACUACGUCGUGUGCUAUGGGCUGAACGGUUACUUGCCCGAUGGUUACAUCCAGUCCACCGAUUUCCCUGAGGCUAGUCUCUGGGAUGAACAGCACAAGAAAGAGCAGUGGAUCUUCCUGAAUGGAGUGGCGGUCGGACAACAUUGGUUGCGAAGCAACAUCGACAGAAUCUCUCUGACCUUCCACCGCCGAGUCAUUGGCGUUCACAACAAGACCAAUGGCAUCAUCUUCGACAUAAUCCAAUGCCUCCUGGAGCGCUGCUUGUACUUCGGCACUUCCGACACCAGAGCCUGCUUCGCCCUCAUCUCCGAGGCCCUUCUCAGGCCUAACAACGAGAAGGUCGUCCUGAUUCUCCACUCCCAGGGUGGUCUUGAGGGCAGUAUCAUCCUAGACUGGCUCAUCAACCAACAUCCGCGUUCCGAUCUCCAAAAGCUGGAGAUUUACACCUUUGGCAACGCCGCGAACCACUUCAACAACCCGCGCAUCUUCAAGGACGCAGAGCCUGGCCAGGAACCAGGCACCAACCGUGCCAUUCGCCACAUCGAGCACUACGCCAACUCUUCCGACUUCGUCUCCCGCUGGGGUGUCAUGAACUUCAAGAAGAAGACCGCCGACCAGCAGGACCGAUCUGUCAUCUACAACCUCAAUGCGUCCGUUCUGUCUGGCCGCACCGAGCCCAAGAAGCAGCUCAGCAGGAGGCAGAUCAACGAGAACAACAAGCUGCAGGAGGCAUGGAACUCUUACGCUGGCGCCCUUUUCGAGCGCACUGGCUCCGGGCACCAGUUCAACCAGCACUACCUCGACAACAUGUUCCCUCUCGACAAGGGCCUUUCUCGCGUCCAGCAGAACGGCGAUGGAUCGCCCCUGCCGGGUACCUUCAUGGCAGCCGAGGUCAACGUCUUCAACGACCCCAAGCAGAUUGACAGGCUCAGAAACCUGCACAACGGACACCACGAUCAUCAUGGCGGCCACCACCACCACCAUGGUAUCAACGGUGACGUCACUAUCAAGAAGGUGUACCAGCUCAGCCGUCUGUGGGAGUAUGUCAAUGGCAACAGCCCCAGAGAUGAAUAUGCGACGGAGUACUAA